AUGGAUUCAAUGAAUGCAACAUAUACAAUCGCAUGUAAUGCCUCACCAAUUGGAGCAACAUACGUCGACUCAGCACCACCAAUUCCUCCACCUUACCUUCAAGCGACUGCUGUUUUCGUCUAUACUUUAUUGAGUAUUUUGACUGUUGGAGGAAAUGCUCUCGUCUGCCUGAUUGUAUUUCAAUACAUGGGUGUUAUUACAGUGACAAACUUAUUUAUUGCUAAUUUAGCUGUAACAGAUCUACUGAUCGGUCUUUUUUGUAUUCCAAUUGUGUUAAUAUCGGAUUAUCUCCUCUCUGAUUGGCCUUUCGGAACAUUUAUGUGCAAGUUCACAUCGUUUGCGCAAUCUGUUUUCGUUGUUUGUACAGUUUAUACGUUGAUAGCUAUGUCCGUUGAUCGAUACAUUGCGAUAAUUCAUCCGUUGAAACCGAAAUUAACGAGAAAACAAUGUCGAAUCUUGAUCGGUUUACUCUGGACAUUUUCUCUAGUGUUUAGCUCACCGAUUUUUAUCGAUAUGCAUGUUCGACAUACGUGUUUUCAUCGCGACACCGAUAAUAUAACCGAAUACACUCAAACUAUAUGUGAAACAGUCGGUCUUCCACUAUCGAUUCAAACGGCGUAUAACGUUGCAACGUUAACAAUUAUUUAUCUAAUUCCAUUAUGUGUUUUAACUAUUGUUUAUAUACGACUCGGUUGGCAAUUGCAUCAAACUCAUGCACCAGGCGAAGCGCAUUCAGAACGCGAUGCCAAAAUCAAGAAAUCGAAACAAAAAGUUAUUAAAAUGUGCUUUGUCGUUGUUAUUAUGUUCGGAGUAUGUUGGUUUCCUUUGCAACUAUACACAAACAUUCUAAGUCCAUAUCUCGAUCGAAUAUUUCAUCAAGAAUAUGUUCCACAUGUUUAUUUCGCUUUUCAUCUCAUGGCUAUGAGUAAUUCAUGCGUCAAUCCAGCUAUUUACGGAGUGAUGUCAUCGAAAUUUCGCGAUGGAUACCUACACUACUGGCAUCGUUUAAUAACAUGUUGCGGCUUAGUAAAUAAUCGCUUUCGUAUGAAACAAGAACGAAGAGAAUCAAUGAAACUAACACCAACAUUCCAACAUAAUCACAAAACAUACGAAUUGACGUUGAAGACGCACGAUAUCGAAUUCGAUCGAGGAAGUAACACAUCUGUUCCUUGUUCGAUACCUUUAAUAUCAUCUCAAAGAGUAUCUUCAAAUGAUUAG